CUACUGUCUACACUUUCCUGAAACUCCCUAAGCUCGACCUCCACCUAUCUACCUGUCCCGAGGUUCCCAGUCUACAACACCUUCGAUAUCCGUUCUCUCUCAUGUAUUCCUCUUCAUCGACUCUAAUGUUCACCUUUCUGUCUCAUUCCAUCCAUCAUUCGCGUCUUUUUCGGAUUACUGGCUAAAUCUUCCGUCCCCCGUUCAGCCGCUAGGCAUGCGCCAUAUUCGUCUCGUCCGGCGAUCAUGACCGUACCACUCUUACCUCGCUUCGCGCUGGCCGUCAUGCAGAUUCAUGGUAAGUCAUCCUCUUCGGAGAGGUCGAAAUGUACUCUCCGUCCAGAGGGCAUCCGCAGGUAUUUCGUGGCGCCUCAACGACUCGUCCGGCUUGUGACACGCACCAAUGGAGACCUCUUCCGCAUCAUGGCCGAGUCCAGCCUGAUGAGCUCUCACAGUCGAUUCAAUAUCAGCUAAGGUGAUAUACAUAUGCGUCCUGCCCGGAGGCAAAUCUAUGUUUCUCGGACAGUGAAGUUUUCCCGACUGCAUCUGAGUCUCUUUCAACCCAAUCCUUUCACAUACAGUCAGGUUGCAAGGCCACGACUUGCAGCAAGCCUGGCAAGCUUAUAAGCCUUCAAGGGUCUCAUUGUCAGAGAGCGCCUGCAGCAUACCGACCACGCUCCACAAGGAUCACCAUACGCGAGCGAGACCCCUGGGAAAUCGUGCCUUCAUACUGCUUGCAGCAGGGUCUGAAGUCCCAAUGACAUCUAGGGAAACUAUAUCAUCAGCAACCUAACCUCAAUCAGGAGAAAGCCACAACGAUUCUACCAGCCUGCUUUCUGCAAUCCUCCCAAUCACAGUCGCAACGUCUCGCCAUUGAGAACCCCUGUACCCCAUUACUCUGCUACACGGUGGACCGAUUUGAGCCUACCAGAGAUUGCAGCCGUUACCAAAGCAGCGUGGCCUUUUACCUAAUCAGAAACACUUCCGUUGACCAUCAAAACGGCCUCGGGUUUUACAUUCAUAUAUAGAGCUCGGUGUCAUGCCCACCAAGCCGAAGAGAACCAAGUCUCCGGACUCGCAGUUCUUGUUCGUGAAUGAGGAUGCCUGGACGGUCACAAGGACGACGAAGGAUGCAGAACUCGACAGGACAAAACAGAGCCAUGUCCAACGCCAAAAUUUCGCCCGUAAACGGCGGCUUUGGGGGCAGUCCAUAUCGGGUCAGCAGUCAAGCAGUCAAAGUUCUGUCUCUCCUAGUCCUGCAAUGGUCGAGCCCUCUAAUGAGGUAUCGUCGUCGACUCAGGGAGGACCAUCUUACGGCAGUGACUACUUUAACAUAUUCCAGAAUCUUGACCUUAGCGAUGCUCAAUUUCACUCCACCAGUCCAGCGUCUUUGCCGCAAGAUCCGCUCGACCCCCAAUUAUCCGCGAUGUUCUCAAACCCUUUUGCUUCAACAGCUUUAUCGGCCCCCGUCCUUACGAUGUCAGUCAGUGGCUUUGAGACCUCACCUUUCUACCGGCCUGGUCAGUUCUUCGACAUGACCCAUCCAAACUAUACUGUCACCCCACCUCAAAGAGGGUCGAUGAACAUGUCCUCCUCCUCCAGAUCAUCGAGCCGGAUAGCCAGCCCGGUCGCAAACAACCAGCGAAUCUUGGAACAGUGGGCGCCUCCGCUCAUCCAGCACUACAACACUGUCAUACUUCCCGAGAAGUUCUGGAAAGAUGUCCAAAAGGUGCCCCUUGGGCAGAUCAGGCAUGCGCCCUCGAUUCACGCAGACAUGCAAGCCUGCAUGUCAGAGCCUGCGCACAUGUAUGCCUUUCUAGCUUCUGCUGCGACACAAAUGCUUGUGCGAGAAGGCAACCUCCUAUUGCCAAACCUUUAUGACGAAGACCUCCAAAGAGUGCCAACCUUCUUCAAGACUAAAGCGAUACAGGCUGUGAGGGCGAAGAUUGCCAGCGGACAAAUUGACCACCGAAUUGCUGUUGACGUUCACAGACUUUACUGCACAGGAAUUCAUGCGAACAAUCCUGAAGUCGCCGAACCUCAUUUCCAGGCCUUGCUCUCCAUGAUUGAAAGCUUAGGUGGCCUGAGCACCUUUGAGGAUUAUCAACAAGAGAAAAUGAUCAUGCUCGAUUGCAUGGCGGCUCUGAAGACUCUCGAAGUUCCCCGACUUCUUUCGACAUGUGAUCCAGGCUCGUUGCCGGACGAAAUUCUUUUGAGCCUCGAAUCUCAAGGCCGAUACGACUUUGGACUAGGAGUCAGAUUCGAAGCGAUGUUUCAGGCUCUCAAUGCGGCGCGAUCAAUGACGGACGCCUUUUUGGACUUGAUUCAAGUCCUCAAAAUGUCGGCAUACCUGCAUGAUGCGGACCAGUAUAUCCCGGAACACCACAAGUGGUUCAGCUGGAGCUGCUUGACGAUAUUACACAGUCUGCUUUCUAUGCCGUUGCAUACCGAGAUGGAUGACCGGACGGAGUCCUUGAGAAUUGCCGCGGCGUUCUGGGUUGCUUUGGCGCGGUCGCCUCAAUUGGGCUGGAGGGCCGCCUCCAAGUCCGCUCACACACUCAGGCAGAGGCUCGAAAGUACUGGCAUUGGGUCACUUUGGGGACCGCAUGCAGAUUGUUUGUUGUGGGUCGUGGUGCUGGGAGGCAUUUGCGCAGACAACGGCGAUGAUCUGCGAUGGUACCUCGAUGUUUCCAGAGCUGCUGCAGGCGAGCUGGGUUUGAACACCCCCGCAGGAUUGGAGGAGCUCUUCUCGCAGCUGCUAUACGAUCCCUUUUCGCAAAGAGAUAUGCUCCUCCAGUUCGCAGAGAGGAUGUGGCUAUCCGUGGAGCCGUGAGGCGACAUGUGGACAGAACGGAGAACGCACUGGAAGCACAGGGCUACGUGUUGAAGAGCAGCAAUACAGCACCAGAGCCGAUCUGUCAACAAGUCCCUGCUUCUUUCGACACUCAAGAGGAUCUCUGCGAUUGGCGGCCGGACACAAUUGAAGCUCCCUGACUGGCACGGGGCGUUGUCAAAGUCAUGGGAAUAGCCAGACUGCUUGAGGACGAAAUAUGCAACAAGAAUGCUACUGCCCGGAGCCGCAACUCACAAAAUGGUCAAUCGCCACAGUGCCGCGCGAAACAGAACUUCACGGCCACUUCGUGUCGUACUCGACCGUUCUCGUAUACCAUAUUGGAGUCGGCCAAGGUCCAAACGGUGACCUAUGUUGAAGAUCAUCAACAGAAAGGGCCAUCCUUUACGAGUCUCAACUGAAGGACCUGGACCUGUUCGAUGACGUGAAAGACCAAUGUCCUGUGAAUAGCCGGGAUCCGCGCAAUCUACACCACAGCAUCAGUGAGACUACUAUCGCCCAGGAUAGGCUACGGCAGGCAGUUGCAUCCAUGGAAUGGGUAAGUCAGAUGACCAGGCUGGUUUCUCUGUCGGAAGGUUUGUGCCGAAAUCAGCGCAAGGUGCAAGUACCACGCACAUGCUCUUUUCAAGAAGCUCCUUUCAAGAGACAAGAGGCUCAUCGACACCUCCUUCUGGUCAGGGUCGUUGCAAAUAGAUUACGUUCAGUCAAUGACCCUAAAGAUAGAGAUGACGGAUAGAUAAC